AUGCUGAACACUCGCAAGAAGAUCGUGAAGGAGAAGGGCGCAGCAGUGACCGAGCUGGACACGGAAGUGGCCAAGGCCCUGUUUGACAUUGAAGUGUCCCCAUCCUGCGACAUCAAAACCGAGCUGAAGGAUGUCUACAUCUCCGGCGCCAAGGAUGUGGAGGUGGGCAAGUCCGGCAUGGCCAUGGUGAUACACUUCCCAUUCCGAGUGUGGAAGACUGUCAAGAAGAUCCAAGGCCGCCUGGUUAGGGAGCUGGAGAAGAAGUUCAACCGCAAGCACGUGGUGCUGGUGGCCAACAGGACCAUUCUGGACAAGAACUUCCGGCGCAAGGGCUUGAAGGUCCGACCGCGCAGCCGCACUCUCACAGCUGUGCACGACUCCAUUUUGGAAGACUUGGUGGGUCCCACUGAGAUCGUGGGCAAGCGUACGCGCAUCUCCGUGGACGGAAGCAAGCUCUUGAAGGUGAUGCUGGACCCCAAGGACAAGGACAAGGAGAACAUUGAGAGCAAGCUGACUGCCUUCGCGGCAGUGUACAAGAGGCUCACCAACAAGGAGGGCAAGGGGUAUUUGCCCAAGCCAAGCUUGUCCAGAGCUAUCACUCCAGGAUACAUGGCAGCAGUGAUGUCGUCGCCGGAAGUGCUGUGCCAUUUGUGCAGUCAGUACUUCAGGCAGUACGACAAAGACAAGAAUGGGCUGCUGGACUGCCAAGAGGCAGUGGUGCUUGCAAAGGAGCUUGGAACCGCGUUGGCAGUGCCCAUGGGGAGCACAGAGGAGGUCUUGCGGCCAUCGAUAGCGCGAUUCAGCGAGGAGGGCCGCGAUGCCUUGACGCUGGAGGAGUUCUGCCGGUGGUUCCCCUCCGUCUUGGGUCUGGAGCCGCUGUCCCCGCAGCACAUCGAGGAGAUUAAGAGCGGGACCCACAAUCUGGCACCGGCUGCCGUCCCGCAGCCCAGCCUGCGCAGAACCAUCACUCCAGGCUAUGCAGCGGCGCUGGCUUCUUCUCCCCAGACGCUGCAGUCCUUCAGCAAGCAGUUUUUCAAGCAGUACGACGCUAAUUCCAAUGGCGUGCUUGAGUAUUCGGAGGUGCUCAGCAUGACCCAAGAUUUGGCGGCUGGACUUGGCAUCGUGGUCGAUGAAGAGAAGUUGAGAGCCCGUUUGGAUACGGAAACUGCAGCUGGUGAGGCUGCCCUAUCCCUCGACGCCUUUUGCCGCUGGAUUCCUCCGCUGCUAGCCGGCGGCCGGGAGCCCGAACAGGAGGUCCGCAGCGAGCAGAGCCAGCGGAGCGCGGGCUACCUCGCGGCGCUAAAGAGCUCCCCGAGGGUGGUUUUCCAGUUGUGCCAGCAGUACUUCAAGCAGUACGACCACAACGGCGAUUCAUUUCUCGAUGAUGCGGAGCUCAUGGCCCUGUCCAAAGAUUUGAGUGAGAGCUUUGACGUUCCGCUCUCUGCAUCACCAGCAGAACUGCGAGAAUCCAUCGCCAAGUUCAGCGAUGGCAGCAAUUGCUUGACCUUCAGCGAGUUUGCGCACUGGUUCCCUUCCAUCCUGGGCCUCAAUGAGAAGUUCGCAAAGGAAGUGGGGGACAUGGCAACCGAAAAGGCACGGUGA